AUGGCAUUCGCAAGACUACUGUUGCGCGCCCGAGGUUGUUCUCAGCCAAGCUGGUCGAGGACAUCGGUGACGCAUGCAGUACCUCCUGGCAGAAGAUAUUUCUCAGUUCAUCGCAUAGCCGGUUCACUGGGAGCAGAGAUCCAUGAUGUGGACAUCCAUUCCAGCUCGCUGGCCGAGAACCCCGGGAUCGUGAAAGAGAUCCGGGAGGCAUUUCUUGAGCAUCAAGUGAUCUUCUUCCGAGACAAGCAUCUCUCCCCAAAAGAGUAUCUUACAUUUGCCUCAAGUUUCGGAAAGCCAGUUGAAUAUCCCUUCGUCAAAGGCAUCGAAGGGUUCCCUGAGAUCAUCCAGGUCCUCAAGCAAGAGCACGAAACGAUCAAUUUCGGGGGUAUCUGGCACAGCGACACCAGUUACUUCGAGGAACCACCCCUGGGAUCUGUUCUCAUGGCGCAGGAGGUCCCGCCCUUUGGAGGAGACACUUUGUUCGCCAACCAGUAUGCUGCAUAUGAUGCGCUCUCAAAGGGGCUGAAGGUGACGCUCGAUGGGCUGAAGGCAGUCAACACUUCUGCAAAAGCGGAUGCAAGCAAAACCCGUGAAGACCGGAUCCGCGACAGUGGCAAUAGCAAUUCGAAAGACACACUCGAGGCUACUCAUCCGGUAGUGCGUACUCAUCCCGAGACAAAACGGAAGGCACUGUACGUCAAUGUGGCGCACACCUCACAUUUAGAUGGUUGGACUGUGGAGGAGUCGGCCCCUCUUCUGAAUUAUUUGUUCGCCCAUCAGAUCAAGCCCGAGUUCACCUGCAGGUUUGUGUGGAAGGAAGGGAGUAUUGCGUUCUGGGACAAUCGGUGCGUUCAGCAUAAUCCGAUCAAUGAUUACCAUGGCUUUAGGAGACAGAUGUUGAGGAUUACUCUGGCAGGUGAUAUACCGAGAUGA